UGAAAGUACUAGCUGUUUCAGGCCACAACUUUUAGAUUUGAUGAUAGUUCCUCUAAAAUGGAAUGACGAAUAAUCUCCAUCCUUUUCUCACAGUGGCGUCCAAAUUCCAGCCAAAGACAAACAAAAUUGUCUUUUAGUGUAGCGUAGUGUUUAGAACUUAAUGCUGUGUAGUCAGACAAAUCUGCGUUCGGCCUCCGCUAGAUCGGUCAUUAGCCGUGCGAUGUUAUAAAAGUCUUGUUACUACAAAUCUAAGGGAAGCGCGUGAGUACACGCACUGAAUCUUGGACAAAGACAGCAUUUAUACUUUUUUUUUUUUUUUUUUUAACUGAAUUAAGUGUAACGCCCUCUAGGUUUAUAGCAGCUAGUCCUGGAGACGAGACGCGGGACUGUGUUGAUGACAUCACUUCCGGGGCGACAAGGUCGGUCUCUGCCUCCUGCAAUAACGCAGCGACUGACUUUGCUAGGAAAAGGACGCCUCUACUAGCUACUGUCAUUCACGAGGAAGGUGGGUGAAACUGCUCACCCCUCUCUUACUGGUUCUUUCGUGUGCCUGGAAGAACGAUUCCAGUAGAAGCCCUUCGCCUUCCUACAACAGAGAUUUGUACUGGCCGAGUUCCCUGGGUUCACUUGGGAGUCUUCUUGGCCCAAAGACAAAUGCUCAGCACAGGCAGCCUUGCGUGGGUUUUGUGACUGCAAAGUUCUCCAGGAAUUAUCUAUAGAGUAAGUAUGCUAAUAUUGAAUAAGGCAGCAGGAGUUUUUUCUAAACCAUCAAGAAGGGAAAUUUAUGAAUUUUUAAGAAGUUUCAAUUUUCGUCCUGGAAAAGUAUUUCUUCAUAAACUAGUAUUGGGGAUUGAAACCAGUUGUGAUGAUACGGCAGCUGCUGUGGUGGAUGAAACUGGAAAUGUUUUGGGAGAAGCAAUACAUUCCCAAACUGAAGUUCAUUUAAAAACAGGUGGAAUUGUUCCUCCAGUAGCGCAACAGCUUCACAGAGAAAAUAUUCAACGAAUAGUGCAAGAAGCUCUUUCUACCAGUAAAGUCUCUCCAAGUGAACUCUCAGCAAUUGCAACUACCGUCAAACCAGGACUUGCUUUAAGCUUGGGCGUAGGCUUAUCAUUUAGCUUACAACUGGUAGACCAAUUAAAAAAACCCUUUAUUCCCAUUCAUCAUAUGGAGGCUCAUGCACUUACUAUUAGGUUAUUAAAUAAAGUAGAAUUUCCCUUUUUAGUUCUUUUGAUUUCUGGAGGUCAUUGUCUAUUGGCAUUAGUUAGAGGAGUUUCAGAUUUUCUGCUUCUGGGAAAAUCUUUGGACAUAGCACCAGGUGACAUGCUUGACAAGGUAGCAAGAAGACUUUCUUUGAUAAAACAUCCCGAGUGCUCUACCAUGAGUGGUGGGAAAGCUAUAGAACAUUUGGCCAAACAAGGAAAUAAACUGCAUUUUGAUUUCAAACCUCCCAUGCAACGAGCUAAAAAUUGUGAUUUUUCUUUUACUGGACUUCAACAUGUUAUUGAUAAGAUAAUAACACAAAAGGAAAAAGAGGAAGGGAUCCAGAAGGGGCAAAUCCUGUCUUCAGCUGCACACAUUGCUGCUGCAGUACAGCACACAACAGCAUGCCACAUUGCAAAAAGAACACAUCGUGCCAUUCUGUUUUGCAAGCAGAGAGAUUUGUUAUCUCAAAGUAAUGCAGUGCUGGUUGUAUCUGGAGGCGUUGCAAGUAACCUAUAUAUCCGAAAAGCUCUGGAAAUUGUAACAAAUGCAACACAAUGCACUUUGUUAUGUCCUCCUCCCAGACUGUGCACUGACAAUGGCAUUAUGAUCGCAUGGAAUGGUAUUGAAAGAUUGCGUGCUGGCUUGGGCAUUUUACACAACACAGAAGGCAUCCGCUAUGAACCAAAAUGUCCUCUUGGAGUAGAUAUAUCAAAAGAAGUUGGAGAAGCUGCCAUAAAAGUACCACGAUUAAAAUUGAAGAUUUGAUUUUUGCUUUUCAAACAAUCUCUUAAGGCACCACACCCUGCAUGGAGCCCAAUGUGGGACUCAGACUUAUAACCCUGAGAUCAAGACCUGAGCCGAGAUCAAGAGUUGGAUGCUUAACGGACUGAGCCACCCAGGUGCCCCCUGAAUUAAUUUUUUUAAAAGGCAGAAUGAAUAAACAUGGAAAAAUUACUAUUAGAAAUGUGGAUGUUUUUCUAAUAGUCACAAAACAAAGAAAUAAGAAUGCUAGACUAUCAAGGAAUAAAAGUAUAAUAGCUAUCACUUUUUGAAGAUUUUUAUUUGCAAAGUACUUUACAGGUGCUA